AUGGCUCUUCACUGUAGCUCACUGAGUUUCAGCUGUGUUGGGUCGCCGUCGAAUCGGUUGGUGGCCCCAUCUUUGUUUUUCUGGAGUUGCCUUACUGUGAAACCAUCAGCCUUUUCAUCUCCGUCGCCAUCUCCGUUUGCAAGAUUCAGACUUGAAGGAAUUGUGGCGAGCACGGCAAGUGCAGCUCAACCGGAGGUUGAAUUUGAAGUUGCAGAGGGGUGCACGAUAACCGAAUUCUGCGACAAGAUAAUCGAUGUUUUCCUGAAUGAGAAGCCCAAGUCUAAGGACUGGAAACGAUAUUUGAUUUUCAGAGACGAGUGGGCCAAGUACCGGGAAAGGUUCUACAGUCGCUGUAGAGUGCGUGCGGAUGCUGAAUGUGAUUCCCAACUGAAGCAAAAAUUAAUCAACUUAUCCGUAAAAGUAAAAAAGAUUGAUGAUGAAAUGGGAAAGCAUGCUGAACUCUUCCAAGAGAUACAAGAUAAUCCCUUGGAUAUAAAUGCGAUAGUAGCAAGGAGGCGUGCGGACUUUACAGGGGACUUUUUUCGCCAUCUCACUUUGCUCUCUGAAAUACAUGACAGCUUGGAGGACAGAGACGCAAUUGCCCGACUGGGAGCAAGAUGCCUAUCAGCUGUCAGUGCCUUUGAUAACACUCUGGAAAUUGUGGACACGUUAGACACUGCCCAGGAGAAGUUUGACGACAUCUUGAAUUCUCCUUCAAUAGAUGCGGCCUGUGAGAAAAUCAAAAGCCUGGCCAAGGGAAAAGCACUCGACUCUUCUCUUAUUUUAUUGAUAAACGGUGCUUGGGCAUCAGCGAAAGAGUCAACUACCAUGAAAAACGAGGUGAAAGAUAUAAUGUACCGACUUUACAAGGCAACCCAAAGUAGUUUGAGAAGUAUUGCACCAAAGGAAAUUAAGCUUCUCAAGUAUUUGCUUAACAUCACGGACCCGGAAGAACGAUUCUCGGCAUUAGCCACAGCUUUCUCCCCUGGUGACGAACAUGAUAUCAAACAACCAAACGCCAUUUACACGACACCUAAAGAGCUGCACAAGUGGAUUAAGAUCAUGCUCGAUGCCUAUCAUCUGAGUACAGAGGAAACUGAAAUUAGGGAAGCCAAGAAAAUGAAUCAACCUGUCGUGAUACAGAGACUUUUCAUCCUUAAAGAAACUAUUGAAGCCGAGUACUUGGAGAAGAAUACCAACACAGAGACAGAUGUGAACUCAGACGAAUCUUGA